AAACCCCUGGGACCCAGCGCUGGGCGGCAGUCAGGGGAAGCCACCGGCAGCAAUGGGGGUGAGUCUGCGCUCAUUCUUCCUGCUGAGCCUGGGAUACGGCCUUUGCAUGGCUGGUGUUCCAGGAACAGAAUUUGUCACCGUGUUUAUCCCGAACACUAACUACCAGACCGGGUACCCAGACCUUCAGCUGAUUAUCACUGCCCUUUCCCCCUCUACCACCGUUACAGUCAGAGUCAAUAAAUACAACUUUAAAAAAAUACUCACAUUGGAUAAAGGGGAGGAGAACACAGUUGCGCUGCCAAACAAAAUACAGACCCAACCCGGCGUCUCUUUCCCCUAUUCGGUUAUUGUGAUCUCAGACAACCCUGUGUCCGUUGUCUCUCGGAACAUGAAGAAAGGAACCUCUGACAGUGCAUCUCUCUAUCCAGUAGAGGAACUCGGUACUGAGUAUUAUGUAUUCACACCGCCUAGAGGUCCGGCGGGUUCCUACAAAGAGUUUGCUGUAGUUACUAAGGAACCCACCACAGUAACCAUUUCCCUCACUGGAUCAGUUACCUUCCAAAACCGUCAGUAUCGCAAAGGGAGCAAACUUACAGUUAACCUUGAACCUUACGAAGCCGUGUCUCUUCAGAGUGAAGACGACCUAACUGGAACCAAGGUGGUCUCAGUUAAGCCGGUGGCUGUCCUGAGCGGUCACUCAUGUGCCACGCUGAAGACUAGGUGCAGCCACGUCUACGAGCAACUCCAGCCUGUGCCUGUGUGGGGCAGCACUUACCUUAUAGCGCCACUUGCUUACCAGACCUCGUUUGACCUGGUUUAUAUAACAGCUGCGCAAGAUACCCUCGUGACAUAUCAGAUUGACGACGAGAAGAACACCUUUAAGAUGUCUGAAGGAGACACCACUGAAAUUGAGCUCAAGUCCAACGCACCUAUUUCCAUAAGCUCAACGGAGGGCAUCCAGGUCUUCCUAUUCUCAGCAGGGGGAAGGCAAGACACCAGAGUAUUUGACACCUUCCUACUAGGGGUUCCAGAUGUAACAUCAUUUUGUACGUCCUACCAAGCAGUAGGCAAAGACACACCCAACAAUGUAGCCUACAUUGUAGCCAAAACGUCAUCGUUGCAAGGAGUGACUGUCGACAAACAACCACUGGGGAAAGCCAACUGGCAGAACAUCGUAGGAACUGGGUACUCAUGGGGAAGUUUCCUGUUGAAUUCUGAUGAUAGAAACUACAUGGUUGAGAACACAGGCAGCACCUUUGGACUCAUCGUGGUUGGAGUUUCUACAACAAAUGUCUAUGGAGAGCUUGCUACGUGUGUUGGUGGAUCAACCAGGCAAUCAUGCAGCCAACUCAAAUGUAGAAAAUACGAGACCUGCAAAAUUGUACAUGGCCAAGCCUUGUGUAUCGCCAAUGGCGAGGCCGUGUGUUGGGCAUGGGGUGACCCACAUUACCACACUUUCGACUCGAGAAACUACGACUUCCAGGGAACGUGUACAUACACGAUGUCCAAGACCUGCGGAACCGACCCGGACUUGCCUCCCUUCAACAUAGAGACGACCAAUGAGAACAGAGGCUCUUCGCUCGUGUCCUACAUUAGCAACGCUCUGGUCCAGGUCUAUGGGUACAAUAUCACCAGCUAUAGGGCAGAAAUUGGCAUAGUGAGGGUGAAUAACCAGAGGGUCCAACUUCCAGUCACACUGAAGGGCGGAAACCUGACCCUGCAGCAGAGCGGAUCGUUACUGGUUCUCGUUACUGACUUUGGACUCCGAGUGUUCUAUGACUGGAACAUGCUCUUCAAAAUUUACCUUCCAAGCAGCUUCUCUGAGAACGUUUGUGGCUUGUGUGGCAAUUUCAACAAUAUCCCUGGAGAUGACCUCUACUCCCAAGACCACGUCUCUCUCGAUCCUAUCGCGUAUGGACAACUGUGGAAGGUCCAAGGCAGCAGCUCCAGUACGUGCUGGGAUGACUGCAAUGGGCCGUGCAAGACAUGUUCUCCUUCCGAUAAGCAGAAAUAUGCUGAUCCGUCCUCGUGCGGCAUCAUUGCCCUAAAGGAAAAUGGGCCCUUCAGAUUGUGCCACGCGGCGGUCGACCCAAGAAUUUACUUGGACAACUGUAUCUACGACCUCUGCCUAAAUGAUGGCUUCCAGCAGAUCUUGUGUCAAACCCUGAAGACUUACAGUGAUGCCUGCCGAAGGGAGAAUGUCCAAGUCUUUGAAUGGAGAAAUGCUACAGGAUGCAAUAUGGAAUGCCUGCCCAACAGUGCCUACAAGUUCUGUGGGAGCGCUUGCUCUCCAACCUGCGAGGAUCCAGAUGCCCCAUCGAAAUGCACGGAGCCCUGUAUCGAGACUUGCGAGUGCAACGCGGGGUUCGUUAUGAUCGAAGGAAAGUGCAUGCCGAAGGAAAACUGUGGCUGCCUCUAUCAAGGGCGGUUCCUUGCCCCCAACCAAACGUUCUGGGCAGAUACCGGGUGCAAGCAGCGCUGCACUUGUGACGCCAACACCCGCACUGUGACGUGUAAAAAGACUGGAUGUAGAAGCGGAGAGGAGUGCGUGGUAAAAAAUGGCAUCCAAGACUGCUACGCCAUCAGCUACGGCCAGUGCUCCGCGUCCGGGGACCCUCACUAUAUCACGUACGAUGGUCUUCACUACAACUUCCAGGGGACUUGCCAGUACAAGCUCUCGGGGCUUUGUAAGCAAAACAAGGGGCUGACGGAUUUCCAGGUCAAUGUGCGCAACCAGAAUCGGGGGAGCCGCGCUGUCUCUUACGUCACGGCCGUUAAUCUGACCAUUUAUUCCAUGGAGAUCCAGAUUCGCAGGGACUAUCCUGAUCAAGUACUGGUUGAUGGUUUAUUGUCAAAUCUCCCUCUGACCUUGAGCUCUGGCCGUAUCUCAGUGUUCCGUUCUGGGCGACACUGUAUCAUUCAAUCACAGCUUGGACUUCGCGUUGCUUUUGACUGGGAUGCACGUGUUGCCGUCACCAUUCCAUCUUCUUACGCUGGGUCCGUUUGCGGCCUUUGCGGAAACUUCAACAACCAGCCCGAUGACGACUUGAUGACCCUGGAUGGAAGUAUUACCACUGACUCAAUUGAAUUUGGAAAUAGCUGGAAAGUUGCUGACUUACCAGGUUGCUCUGGAGGUGCCCCUGAAAACUGUAACCUGACUGCUCUGGAAAAAGUUCAGAGGAAAAGCAAAACGGAAUGCGGAAUGAUAUUGGACAAGAAGGGUCCCUUCAGAGAAUGUCACUCAAUCAUCCCACCUGAAGAUUAUUUCCAGGACUGUAUCUUUGAUAUGUGUGCUUACGGGAAAAGGCCAGAUAUCAGCUGCCGCCUUAUUAAUGGAUACACCUCUGCAUGUCAAGAAGCCGGAGCCAAUAUCUAUCCUUGGAGAUCGGAAGAGUUCUGCAAACUUCCAUGUGACGACAACAGUCACUACAACGUGUGCACAAGUGCGUGCCCUUCCACCUGUCUUUCUCUGGCGUCCCACACAACCUGUGACAUUAAGUGCCAGGAAGGCUGUGCCUGCGAUGAUGGCUAUGUGCUGAGCGGUGGCCAUUGUGUUCCCUUGUCCGAUUGUGGCUGCACUUAUAACGGAAAGUACUAUAAACCAGAAGAAGUCUUCUUCCCGGAAGACAAUUGUGACAAAAAGUGUUCUUGCGCCUAUGGCGGCAUCGUGACUUGUUCAUCCUUCUCUUGUGAUCCCUAUGAAGAGUGCCGAGUAGAAAAAGGAGUUCAGAGCUGUCAACCAGUUGGAUCCUCCACGUGCUCUGUUGUAGGAGAUGGCAGCUACUGGACUUUUGAUAAUCAGAAAUAUGAGUUCUAUGGAAAUUGCUCGUAUAUUUUAUCAAAGUCCUGUCUGCCUGACGGAUCUAAGCUUACUCCAUAUGUCAUCCAUUUGCAAAAUCAAGAAGUGGUCACCGGUGGGGUCACCAAGAGGAAGGUCCUAACAUUAGAGGCUUAUGGAUAUAACGUUACUAUUUACAUUGAGUCGGAAAUUACAAUGCUGGUCAACGGAAUUCUUCAAAAUCUUCCCUUUGAUCUCGAAUCUGGCAAGCUGAGAGGAGACCAUCAAGGUUUAGGCGUAGUCCUCCGCGCUGACUUUGGUUUGGUGAUAACCUCUGACUUCUCCCUUCACGUCACAGUGCCCGGAAACUACCAUAACUACACCUGUGGUCUAUGCGGUGAUUACAACGAGAUCCCUCAAGAUGACAUCAGCCCGGCUGAUGAUGUUGUCACGUUUGCCGAUUCUUGGAAGGAUUCAAAUUCCGACAUGUUCUGCGGUUCCAGUGAAUUAUGCGGUGGGGAAAAUCAAACCUGCCCCAUCUGCCCCUCAAAUAAAGCAAAGAUCUUAAAAGGAAAUAACUACUGCGGCAUUCUAGUGAAAUCUGACGGGCCAUUUGCUGCCUGCCACGGAACUAUCGAUCCUAAGAUGUAUCGAGCCAGUUGUGUGAAUUCCCUCUGCGAUGGGACUGGGGACCUAUGCUUGAUCCUUCAGAACUACGUAGCAAUCUGCCAGGCUUCUGGGGUACAAAUGAAUUCAUGGAGAACUCCAAGUUUUUGUCCACUCACCUGCCCAGAGAACAGCCAUUUUGAAUCCUGCGUUGAUCUCUGUACAACCAGCUGCUCAUCGCUCUACGACACCUCCAUCUGCCCAACAUCUUGCUCGGAGGGUUGCGAAUGCGAUGAGGGGUAUUUAUUCCAGGGAGGACAGUGUGUACCCCCAAAACAAUGCGGCUGCUACAUGAGUAAUUCUUACUAUAAGGCCAAUCAAACGGUUGUUUCCCAAGACUGCUCUCAGACCUGCACUUGCUAUUCCAACCGAGGGAUGAUCUGUGAGCCCUACAGCUGUGGCCCCAAGGAAGUUUGCACCAUCAUAGAGGGAAUUGUUGGAUGCAUUAAUGUGGAUCCGUGCAAGUCUGUAACAUGCAGGAAUAAAGAAUCAUGCAAAGUUCAAGAUGGAACCCCAGUUUGUGUCCCCGAUUAUACAGGCGUUUGCUGGGCUUGGGGGGCGCCACACUAUCAAACCUACGACAACUUCAACUAUCAGUUUGAGGGAACCUGCACGUAUGUCCUGACCGAGUACAUUGGUCAAGAUACGACCUUGGUCCCAUUCCGGAUUGAGGAGCAGAAAGAGAACCGGGGAAGUCCAAUCAUCUCCUUCAUCAGACAGAUUGACGUCUUUGUUUAUGGCUACAAGAUUUCUGUGGCCAAAGGAGAAUAUGGCAAAGUCAGGGUAAAUGAUGAAAUUGGCAACACCCCAGUGACCUUGCUGAAUGGAAAGAUCUCAGUAACAUUCAGUGGAUCUGAAGCUAUAUUGAACACCGAUUUUGGCCUUCAGGUGACCUACGACUAUAACACCAAAGUGAUGGUCUCCAUCCCCAGCAGUUACUAUGCAAGCACUGGAGGUCUCUGUGGAAACUUUAACCAAGACCCUGAUGAUGAAAAAGUCUCCUCGGAUAAUAAACCAGUAGAAUCUGUCACAGAAUGGGCCAAGAGCUGGAAAGUGAACGUAAAUGAUUCAUUCUGUUGGGACGCCUGUGAAGGGAACUGCACCGCCUGUGACGACAACAUGAUCAGUCAGUAUUCUCAGGAUAACGCCUGUGGGCUCCUUAACAAAACCAUCAAUGGACCAUUCAGAGAGUGCCUCUCCAUUAUCAACCCAGAGAGGUUCUUCAGUAAUUGCUUAUAUGAUCUUUGCAAUAGCGGGCAAGCGCUGAACAUUCACUGUACCACCCUUCAGUCCUACGCUGAGAUGUGUAGAAGCCAAGGGGUCACGAUUUAUGACUGGAGGACUUCCUCUGAAUGCCCCUUCCCAUGUCCGGAGAACAGCCACUACGAAGUCUGCGGCACUUCUUGCCCGGCCUCUUGCUUUGACAGAAAUGCCCCCAACAGAUGCACGGAAGCCUGCGUGGAGACCUGCCAAUGCGAUGACGGGUUCAUCCUCAGCGCCGGCAAAUGUGUCCCCAUAGAAAGCUGCGGCUGCAGCCAAAAUGGUUUCUACUACCAACCCAACCAGGAGUUUUGGAACGACGACAAAUGCAGUGUCCAUUGCAAAUGCAACCCUCUCCUGGGAUUGGUGGAGUGCAAAGACUCCAGCUGCAAAGCCGGUGAGAGAUGUGCGUUGGUUGACGGUGUCCAAGGAUGUUAUCCUGAAGACUACACCACCUGCGUAUCAUCUGGGGACCCCCAUUACACCACCUUUGAUGGACGGAAGUAUAACUUCAUGGGAACCUGCAUAUACCAACUGGCCGGAGUCUGCUCCACUGACCCAACCCUAACACCCUUCCAGGUCAAUGUUCAGAACGAGGCAAGAGGCAAAAAAACGGUGUCGUACACGAAAGCGGUGACCCUACAGGUCUACGGCCAGAACAUCACUUUAACCAGAAAUUAUCCUCUUCAGAUCCUGGUCAAUGGGGUCCUCAAGUCUUUGCCUUUCUCCUUCCGCUCAAACAAAAUUAAGGCAUUUAUGAGGGGGGAACAUUGCUUUGUCAGGACUGAUUUUGACGUCACUGUCAAUUUCAACUGGGAUAAUUACGCCCGGGUGGUGCUGCCCAGUCGCUAUAUCGGUGCUGUCUGUGGCCUGUGUGGGAACAACAAUAAAGACCCAAAGGACGACGUCCCUGUGGCCGAUGGGGAUCAGGUUCCUGACAGUUUCGGAGAUGCAUGGAAAGUGGGUGACGUUGCGGGGUGCACCUCUGGGUGCAAUGGGAAGUGCCCUGAGUGCAGCGAGACAGAUACCCUGAAGUACAAGGACGAGAAGUAUUGUGGGAUCCUCAGCAAGGAUGAUGGACCUUUCAAGGAAUGCUACGGGGUGAUUGACCCGACCCCCUACCUCACUGAUUGUGUGUAUGACAGCUGUCAGUACAAAGGCUACUAUUCCGCUGUGUGCGAUGCCUUUGCCCUAUAUGCCUCCCGCUGUCAAGAAAAGGGGGUCAACAUCGAACCGUGGAGAACACCUACGUUUUGCAGUCCAACUUGUCCUCCAAACAGCCACUAUGAGAUGUGCGGCAGUGGGUGCCAACCUACAUGCUCCGGCCUUAUUACAUCUGACGACUGUCAAAAAUCGUGUACAGAAGGAUGUUAUUGCGACAGUGGUUUCCUACAGAGCGGGGGCCAGUGUGUCCCCUUCGCCGAAUGCGGUUGUCUGUAUAGAGAAGCUUAUUAUAAGAAAGGAGAAGAGUUCUACCCUGAUGGAGAUUGCAAACAGUUCUGCCAGUGUUUGGAGAACGGAGAAGUCCAAUGCCAGGAGAAAACAUGUGGCGCUAAUGAGGAAUGCAUGGUUAUCAAUGGCGUCCAAGCUUGCCAUUCCACCAACAUCGGGACCUGCGGGGUAUCGGCCAGCACUCACUACAGCUCAUUUGAUGGCCUUUCCUACAACUUCCAAGGGUCAUGUUCCUACACUCUUACUGAGGUCUGCAGAGGGGACUUGCGCCUGGCCAACUUUUCCAUCGUUGUAGAGAAUGGAAACGACAAGCAAAGUAACCAAGCUGUUCUACGGUCCGUAAGCAUCAACGUUUAUGGACACGAAAUCGUCUUAACGAAGGAUACACUGUGGACAAUACAGGUCAAUGGUGAGACGAAUGCCUUGCCCCUUACUCUUGAGAAUAAAAAGAUACGUAUUACUCCCGAGGGCUCUAAUAUACUGCUUCAGACCGAUUUUGCCCUGACAGUUCUAUACAGCACCCUGGGUUCUGUCCAAGUAACCGUUCCCGGUGAUUACCAGGAGGCCCUUUGCGGACUAUGUGGUGAUUUUAAUGGCCAAUCGAAUGACGAUUUCCGUUUGCCUUCUGGGCAGCUAGCUGACAGUUUGGAGGACUUUGGUGAAGCCUGGGUAACGAAUCAGGAAAGAUCUGACUGUGGUAACGUCUGCAAAGCCAAUUGCGAUGGCUGUGACCCGCUGAGGGCUGCCAUAUUUGCAAGGGACGAGGCUUGUGGGCAGAUACUCCUUGAAACGGGUCCGUUUGCGGAAUGCAAGGCCCUAGUGAACGUAACAGAAUAUUUUGACCAUUGUUUGUUUGAUAUGUGCGCCAGUGAUGGACAAAACCAGGCUCUGUGUGCCAGCCUCCAAGCUUUCGUCGCAGCGUGCCAGGCAGCCGGGGCCAAUGUCCAACCUUGGAGAACAUCUACUUUCUGCCCUCCUUCCUGCCCACGGAAUAGUCACUAUGAUGUUUGCGCCCAAACGUGCGAUGGCUCCUGUGCCGCCAUUGAUCUAUCAGGAUCUUGCUCAGAGCGAUGCUUUGAGGGGUGCGAGUGUGACGAUGGAUAUAUGUUUGAUGGUAAAAAUUGCGUCCCGAUGGAAAAAUGCGGCUGUGUGUACAAUGGAAGAUACUUAAGUGCUGGGGACUCACUGCUUUCCCCUGACUGCCUCCAAAGCUGCACGUGUGGGAAUGGUGGGGUGGUCUCGUGCACAAACGCCUCCUGUUCCGACGCACAGUACUGCGACCUACAGAAUGGAGUGCGAGCCUGCUACGACAAACGCGGCACUUGUUCCAUCGAUAUCGAGGGCGGCUUGAUCACGUUUGACAAGCUCUCCGGCCAAGUUCCUCGCAGCAACAUCUUUGACUUUGCCUCAGUGUGUAACCUCGAUCUCAACGCCUGGUUCAGACUCGUGGUGAUUACCCAGAGCUGCAGCGGAAACGACGGUUUCAUUAUAUCGGCAGUUCACGCUUAUUUCCAAAGUGUGUCAAUUGCAAUAAAUCCUUAUGGACAGACCUGGGUCAAUGGACGGAACGUUGCCAUCCCCGCUCAAUUAUCUGGAUCUUUGUCGGUUUUCGCGGUGGACGAUUCCAUUGUGUUAAAGAAAGGUGAGGACAUGGUGCUUGUUAUGGGUACAAAUGGACAGCUGACCCUUAACGUGAGCCCAGAACUUUCCGGUGCAAUGUGUGGUGCUUGUGGGAACUUCAACAGAAAAAUAUCCGAUGAUCUGCAGGGACCAGACACUAAGCUGACUGAUAACUUCAGGGAGCUUAUUACAUCCUGGAGAUCUUCUGACUUCUACAUGUGUGCGCCGUGAAAUCCACAUCUCUUCUACAUUCUUGAAGAAAGGACGGAUGACCAACCUUGGUCUUGAUCCAAUUACAGUGCCCUGAAUAUAUUUUGCAUAUUUUCAAUGGAGGAAAAGCCCAAGUAAAAAUCAAGAUCACAGAUUUCCUGAAUGUGCAGCAGAACCCGUUGAUUGGACCUGACUCAAUUAUGACUACUAUCGUAAUUAAAGGGACAGUGGACACCUAACAACGCAUUUUAUCAUUCUAAAGCACUAAUUUGAACGUUUUCUUUUUCUGAACACCCCUCCCCCACCCCCUUUAUAAACAGGGCACUUGGUUCAGAUUUCUUAAUCUACCGCUAAAUAAACAAAUUCCUAGUUUCUCUAAUCAACAUCCCUUGAGCAGCUCAUUAUCAGGAACAUCUCAGCUCUUCCUCUGCUCAUUGGAACCAGGAAGUGGUAAUAAAGUGAAAUUGGCUUUGUAUCCUUAUGUAGUGCCGGAAAUAACAAAAACAUACAAAAAAAUAGGCAAAAAUUAUAUUCAGCCCAUUCCCCAUUCGUUCAUGGUGAAAAGGGGUGCGUACUGUCACUUUAAAACUAAUGAGAAUCCAUGUUCAUGGGAAGUAUCUUCAUCGAUAAUAUGGCAAUGAAGGGUUUUUAUUAUGUCUUGUAUUUUUUAUUGUAUCAUGUUUUUUUAAAAGCAAAAAGCACUGGAAAGGGCGUAUGUGUUUGAGGCUAAACUUUCUUUAGUAAACUAAAGCAUUCCAAUAUUGUCUAUGUGUUUCUGCUUUAUUACUGUGGCAAUUGGUGACCGACAGUUUCCAACGAUGUUAAAGCUCGCUUGGAUUUUGUUUGCAGAGUUUUGGUCUAUUCUUCUGGGAAAAUUGGUCAAUAAAGUCAAUAAUUUGGGUGCAGCAUCCA